AUGUGGGACCGAAGGCUGCGGACUCGCGAGCCAAUCACGGUGGUGUCGCACCGCGACCACGGAACCCUUGGACAAGCUCCACGACCUGUCACCCUCACCGUUGACGUGAUCGCACACCCUUCCACGCCGUCGAUAUCCUUGCCUCAGAUUCAUACCUCACCUCUUCACGCGUUGUUCGCCAACGAAGAGGUUUGUUAG